CUGCGCCUCUGUCCGCCCCGUCGGAGCUCAAUUGACCGGUGAGCACAUCAAAGAGCACUCAGCAAGUGGACCAUCCAGUCGCACACAGACUUACCAAAGAGUACUCCCACACACAAACACAAGAGACACGAGGGCUUACACACUCCACACACGAAGAAAUAAGACCACAGCCAUCACCACACAGUGACUAUCGCUUGUACUCCUUCAUGAUCUUUCUGAUCUCCGGCUGUUUCUCCGCCAAGUCCCAGGCGUCCGCCCCAUGGGGACAUGGGGUCAAGGGGAGGAGGGGAAAUUUUCUUGCCGGUAUAUUGGUCAGUAGUGCAUGCGCACCAAGCCUAGACUAGUCCUAUUUCUUGUUUUUGUACUCCUUCAUGAUCUUUCUAAUGUUCGGCUUUUCCUUCGCCAAUUCCCACGGGGUCUUCUCGCCCGACCACUGUUGUCAUGGGAUGAGAUGAGCACAUGACUUGACCCAUCGAUGGUGUGGAUGUCUGUGUGCACUCACCUUGGUGGUUUUGAUGUUGAGCAGAGCACCGCCGCCCCACUCGAGCCUUUGAGAAUGACACACAGACAGAGAGAGUGGAGGAGACACUCGCGUCAGUCAGUCAUCUGUGUGGCCCACAGCUGAGACACAGCUGCAGAUUGGUUAGAGUAUGCAGCCCAAUGGAGUGCCGUCCAGCCCCUCUGUGUGUGUGUCAUACAAACAGGCAAGGGCAAUCAGACAGAUGAGAGGCAUUCUGUUUCUGUUUCGCCCGCAUGAGGUCUCACAUUGUCCUUCUCAGUGAGAAGCUCUUUCCCUCCUUUGGCAUACAGAGCCUUCAGCGCACCGACAUGACCACUGGAGGCAGCCAAUAUGAAUGGCGUAGUGCCGCUCUGAAUCCACACACACACACACACACAGUUGGCACACACAGUUGGCACACAGUUGGCAAUCAGACAGAUGAGAGGCAUUUUGUGUUUUUUCGCGGGUGAGGUCUCACAUUGUCCGUCUGUGUGAGAAGCUUCUCUCCUCCUUUGGCAAACAGGGCCUCCAUCACCUUGACAUGACCGUAGUAGGCAGCCAGCAUGAAUGACGUCUUGCCCCCCUGAAUCAACAAACACACGCACAGUUGGCACACUGAGGUGUCAGAGACGUGUGUGUGCUCUGUCACCUUGUCGCGUGCAUCGAUCAGUUUGGGAUCCCACUCCAGCAGCUGAUCGACAGCCGCAAGACGGCCAUUGCUGGCAGCGUGGUGCAGAGCAUUGUCACGAUUCUGCAUUGCAUCGCAGCCAACAUACAUCUUCCCUCACCACCACCAGCAGAACAAAUCAUUCUCGUCUGUGUCGGUACCUCGUCUGUUUGUUGCAGUACGUCAGGUUUUUUCUCAUGGAUGACCGACAUGACGUCCACGUGACCCUUCUCAGCAGCCACGAGGAAGGGCGUGUUCUGCGCGCAUUAAUGAGAAGACACAGCCAGACCACUGAGUCCACUUCUGUCAUCUUCACGAUUGCAUACCUUGUACUGGCUCUCGUCUCGUUUGUCGAGUAUGCUCUUGCCGUCUUUGUACCUGUCGCUGGCGAUGAGCGCACGAACGGCCUCCACAUCGCCGACCUCUGCAGCUUUGAAGAUGUCAUUCUGCAGACAACCAGCUCAAGAAGAGCGGCCCAUUGACGUGUGGGACUCAGCUGCUGGUGUGUCCCUGACGUGUUUGAUCUGCGGCUGUGGGGCGCUCGGCGGUGUCUUUGCUAACGGCUGCUGGGUGGGGGACGCUGCACGACAAACAGAUCAUGUGCUAAUGUGUCUCUCGCUGUGUGUGUGUGUGUCAGUGAUCACCUUUAACGCUCUCGCCCGCCCCGCGGAAGAAUCCCCAGCGGAACCGCGGCGGUGCCUGCAAGUCAGCUGCUGUCCCUCUUUGACUCCCAGACGAAGGAGAGAUGCCCAACUUGUCGAGGACCUGCCAUGGGAUGAGCAGCAAGGCGCAACCAAGAGAUGAGCCUCCAUCCCUUUGCUGUUCCUGCUCGUGUGUGUCUGCCGUGUGUGUGUAGCUUUCCCUCCACCUCGGAAGUAACUUGGAGUGUUUUGUCAGAUUGUUCUUGGAAUGUAACUUGGAACGUCUUGGCAGCGGGGAGAGUGAGGCAGAAACACACCACUCGGAGGGCCUUGAGAAGCGCCGUCGCCAUCUGCAAUGACACCGAAGCGCACACGCACAUUGCAUCCCGCAUCACUUGCAUGGCGCAGUACAGGGCGGCUAUUGAAGUGCUCAGUGACACCGUCUCGAGAGCCCCAGUCACCUCAACUAGUGAGCCUCAGGGAGGAUGUUCACGCGACGCAGGGCGGCAAGGAUAUAAGGCUCCUUUAAGACUUGAGGUGAGGACGGUCCGGCUGGACAAAAGGGAUGCUUUGGAUGAUGUGCUGUGCUAAACUCAGAGACGGGCGGAGACGCC